AGAAGCAAACAACUAGGUUUCGAAGUGACAUUACCUUUACCUUUACCUCUACGUCUACCUCUGUAAUCAACAGAUCAAGUCCAUCUCUCACCCAAAACUAGGUUUCAAGUAAUCAAGAUUAUGUCAGUUUGUUUGUUAAUUACAUCUCUGAAAGGGGCAUCUCUUUCACAUGUUCAUGACCUAGGAUUAGCUCAUCUGUUUGUCAAUGGAUCAUCAUGGGCAGUAUCUGUUGUUUUACAGGUUUAAAAUACACACAUGGUGUCUAAGUUAUUGGCUUCGUGGGUCAAGUGUUUGAGUGUAUGCCUGACCCGAAUGUCGUGCCAUGUAAAGCGGUUACUACCAGGUCUUUUGCAGUACAGAGACGUGAAUGCUGGUACAUAUGAUGAGGCUGAGGAAUUUUAUGCCGCGCCUUGCUCCGAUUCUCGGGGUUUACGAAAUCGCCUGUUUCUUUGCAGGAAGCUAGUAAGAAUAGUGUUUGUUAAGAUUCAUUGGGCUAAUACAGGAAUUAGGUCAGUUCUGUGGAGUGGCUAUGCCAAAAUGUCAAAUGACAAGGCGCGGUGGAGUUGAAAAGUAAUUCAUAAGAUGUAUCUUCUCGUGGGGAGUAGAAACAGAAUAAUCUUCAAUUAGAUAUGAUGCUACAACAAGGGCUUGAGUUUUGCGAAGUAAAGGAAGUUAAGGGGAAAGUCGAGUAAGAACUUUUACCUAUAUACAGUCGAGGGUCAUCAGAACAAGUAAUGUGUUAAAAGAUAGCAAAUUCGGGUCAAGUGGUUCAGAUUUUGAACCAUCUCAAAUUAAGUUAUAAAUGCAUGUAUGGGGAUUGAAAUAAGGAUCACCAAUGCAAGUGUAUGUUCCAUCAAAGCGUACUCCAAGGUCUUAUAUAAUUGUCAAAAUUCGAGAAACAGGCAAGUCUACUGCCUUGUUUCCUUGUAUAAUAGUGAUAGUCUAUAUUUUCUCAAAUAUGCAAAGCAUUUUUUAUUUCGGCUUUCAAUAAAUAAUCUCCAAAUAUUAUAUAUGUGUAUAUAUAUGGUUCCUAGUGAAUAAUCUUAUAAAAAGAUCUCAACUAUAUUUUGUAGGGAAUUCCAUCGAAUGAUCUCGUGCGUAUCAUAGUUGUGCAGAGCUUGGAGUAUUAUCCUCUGUGCAGUUCCCAGGAAAGAAAAUUAUUUCAAUUGCUUGUGAAGCUAGAUGUUAUUUGACUUGUUAAGAAUGAGAAAAGUGAAGCAUCGAUGUCGAAGGAAAAUAAAAAUAGAGGUUGCAAAUGAAGAAGAACAUCUAUUUUGCUGCAAUCACUUAGUGGAAUUUGGAAAUAAGGAACUCAUUCAGAAGCUACACCUCAAUACCAGUGGAGAGGAGAAGGGAUUAGUGAAACAAUUGACCUUUGAAGAUGAAAGAAUUAGCACAGAAAAAUGAGUCAGUUGAAUGUUGGUUGACAUCAGAUGUUAGUGAUGAUCAGCUCCAGAAGUUCUGGAACGGGUUGUCUCAACAUGCUCGUCAGGAGCUUUUGAGAGUUGAUAGACAAACCUUCUUGGAGCAACUUCGUAAAAACAUGUUCUGUUCUAGAUGUCAUGGUUUUUUGGUUCAAGAGUUUGCCCAGAUUGCAAUGUACAGGCAGUAUGAUAAUGUUGGCCAUCAAGAUCCUUAUGUUGACCCUUGGGGAUGUCUCACCACAACAAGCGAUGGUACUCUUACCCUUUUGGAUAGAUGCUUGUUGUCGACCUAUCUAGAGGGAAUCCAAAAAGUUUUUCACUUUUCCCGUAGAAGUGAAAGGGAGCGUGAGUUGCGUUCCCCCAAUUCCUGUGGUGUGGGCGGACGUAGAUGGAAAGGACCCGCAAGAAGGGAGGCCUGUGCAGCGCAUACCAUCCCGCUCUCUCUUGAUCAAUUGGUCGAGUUUUGGUCGGUUCAAGUAGAAGAAACUCGGCAGUCUCUUUUUAGGAUGAAAGAAGAGGAUUUUGUUGGACAUCUAUUAGUCAGGUUGGACAACAAUAGAUUUUGUAGAGAAUGCAGACAGAAUGUUCAUCGGGAGUUCAAAAAAAUAAAGGAACUGACAAGCCUACGAAAAGAAUCUGGCAUACAGUUUGAGAUAUCCCAUGACACUGUUCAAGCUGAUUGGAGCAAUGCAUUCAUAGACACUGAAGAGUGUUACCAUCACUUUGAAUGGGGAAUUGGUACUGCAGAAGGAAAAUCUGACAUUUUGGAUUUCAAAGAUGUUGGAUUAACAAAAAACGUUCAAGAGAAAGGCUUAGAUAUCAGUGGUUUGGAUGCAUGCUAUCUCACUAUAAGGGCAUGGAAAAUUGAUGGAGACUUUACAGAAUUAUCUAUUAAAUCUCAUACAUUGAAGGGGCACCAGUAUUGCACGCUUGAGGUUGGUGAUGGUUUUGUCACAGUUGCACUAGGAGAAAGCUUACAGAACUUUUUUAAACACGCUAAUGAGGUUGUGAAAGAGGAUUAUAAUUUGUUGGAUGAGAAUAGAAAUAGGCUGGAUGGAGGAUGUUCACGGCCCCAAGGACAUCCCAAGAGUCCUGAAGCUGCACGGAAAUUCCUUCUAGAUGCUGCUACAAUUUUUUUUACAGAACGAGUUCAGAAGGCUUUUCAAGAAACGAUAGCGCGUUGGAAUGCCCACAGCAUUUUUGUUUCUCUUGCACUAAAAAUGCUUGAAGAACGUGCUCAAGUUGCUUGCAAGGAAAGGACGAGACUAGAAAAUCAGAUAAAACUUCUUGAAGAAGAAGAGAAGGAAAAGGAGGUAGAGCGAAAAACAAGGAAGGGAAACAAAGAACGAGGAAAAAAGCUUCGAAGAAAAGAGAGAAAGGAGAAUGAAAAGAAUGGAGAAAAUUGUUCUCCAACUAAGCAACAGUUAGCACCUGUGGUUAACAUUAAAGAAUCAACAAUAGUUGCUGUGGAGCCUGAUGCCGUCGAAACAGGUAAAGUCAUGUCAUCCAGGCCUGUAUCCCCACAUAUCCAGAAUGAGCAUGAAAAAGAUGGGUACAUGAGAAGGAAUAUGCGAAACUCAUCUGAUGUCAGUCCUGAUGAGAACUUUGCCAGUAGUAACGAUAAAAAUGGUUCAUCUGGAUCUGAUCAAUUAAAAUAUUCUGGAAGGAAACUGAAUGACCGCUAUCAACAGGAUGCAUCCUCGAAAUGCUCUCCUAAUAAGCAAUUUGCAGUUGUUCCUGGCAGUGGGAUUAUGAUUAACAAACUUGAUGAUCGUUUUGAUACUUCUUCAAGGACUAUUAUUCAACAGAAUAAGCAUUCUAAAAGUACAAAAUCAGUUAGUAGAGCUGGGCAUAUCUCCAAAUCAUCUUUCUUCAGGAAUAAGUUCAGUCUAGGAGAUUACAUGCAUGAUUCACCUCAAACUGAGGAAGUUGGGGAACCCAAGAAGUUGCAGAUGAAGCAUAUUGGAACUUAUUCUCAAUCUGCUGAUACAGCGAGAUCGUGUAAUUUGAGUGGUGAUGCUAUGAAACCCUCUGAACCUCUUGACACUCCUGGUGUACGUGGUCAGGUGGCUGUAUGCAUCGAAGACGAAGAUGAUGUUAAGAAAGAAUCUAAAUCAUCUAAAUUGGGAAUGGGAAAUAACAGCCACAAUGGAUUCCAUCUCAACAAAGAAACCUGUCAGUACUCGACUGAAGUGGUGGAUGUGUGUAGUUAUUCAACUAGGGCCAGAAACCCUUCUGUUAGCAACACAUCCGGUUCUAACAGCUGGUCAUCAUGCCUCAGCGAGGGCAACAGUGGGCCAUCUUCAAACACCCAGGUUACUGAGCCAUUAUCAAAUUCGGAGUCAAAAGGUUCUUGUCAACAAUCAGUCAGAGGAGAAUCCUCACAGCGCCAACAGAUUUGGGUUUGUAAAUCUGAACCUGUGAUGGAUAAAAAACAAAGGGCAAAUGAAGGCGAGCCUAUCAGAAGCUGCUGGUUAGACAAGAAAAGAAUUCACACCCCAGGAAAAGUAUCACAAGAAAAUGACAAUUCAAACCCUCAUUUCUCACAAGCUGAAGAUAAGGGUUCUUCAUUCUUCCAUUUUGGUGGUCCACUGACUCUUGCUGAUGCAUAUCGAUCAGAUUCUCUACCAUCAGAGGAUGCCAUCGGAGGUCGCAAUAAGGGAGUUUCCUUUAAAGAGUACAAACUUUUUGCUUCUAACAAGGGGAUUACAUUUUCUAUCUUGGGCCUCUGAUUCUUCAGCCUGGUUUCAUUUCUGUCGAAGCAGUGAGUUUGAUUGGUUUCAGAGAUGAGGGUUCUAUACGGCCUCCCAUACUUCAGUCCGGAAGAGGUCUCUAAGCGGAAAGUCCAUCAGCCUCUGAUGCAUCAUUAUAUUGAUUCGUUUCAUUGUCUUCCUUGUGUCGAAAAAGUGAGCCUGAAAAUUUUAGUUUUAUCAAACUUUUUCCUCCUCUGUAAUGUCAUUUCUUCGUAGAACAAAUUAAUUUGUAACUGUGAAUGCUGCUUCCGGAUGAUCAGACCCUUAAUCAGUUGUCAACAGGGAACCAUAGUUCUUUCGUCAA